CAAUAUCAGAUUCAAUCGGCUCCCGUCAUUCGGCGUCAACGAAACUACUAUUUCGUUGGAGUAACAUACCGGUAGUUCAAAAUGUAAUAGCAUCAGUUCUACCGGUACAAUAUGACUGGCCGGCAGCACAACAACUUGAAGGAGGCACGAGUCUGUGCGUUGGUCAUUUUGUAGCAUGGUUCUACUGUUGGUGUCCACAAACACUUAUUAACGGAUUACAAAAACAACUUCCACUUCUAUCCGGAAACAGUCUGAUCAGGGCGUAGUGCCUAUUCCACUCAAUAACGGCUAACACUCGAUCGCUGUAGCGGCAACGAUGGCUAGAGAACUGUCCGCUGCGUCGCGUAUUCGAGGCUCGCUGCUGGGCAUGGCCUGUGGAGAUGCAGUCGGAACGACGGUUGAGUUCAGUCCCCGCGGUUCGUUUCCAGAAGUGAAGGACAUGACUGGCGGUGGACCAUUCCGCUUGAAAGCUGGACAGUGGACAGACGACACAAGCUUGGGACUGUGUCUUGCGGAGAGUCUGAUUGAGUGUGGCAAGUUUGACAUGACCGACCAGCUCGCGCGCUAUUGCCAAUGGUUCUCUCACGGUCAUCUGAGUAGCAACGGCAGAUGUUUUGACAUUGGUAACACCACUCGCAUGGCGCUCAACAAGUUCCAGAGCAAUCGCAAGAACGCAGAAGUCGGCCAAUCAGCAGGACAUUCAAAUGGCUCGCUGAUGCGUCUGUGUGCCGCUCCACUGGCCUUCUGGCAGCAGCCCCAUGUCGCCAUGGAGGCAGCCCACCUCAGCUCAAUAACCACGCACGGUGCGCCGCAAGCCAGAUAUUCGUGUCGCUUCUUUGCCGGCUUGCUGGUCGGAUGUAUGCGAGGUGUGUCUAAGGAAGAACUCUUGUCAAGCAGCUACAGUCCUGAGCCAGGAUACUGGGACAGGAGAGACAAACCAGUGCAUCCUGCUGUGAAACCUGUCAUGGAUGGUUCGUACAAGCACUCCAAUCCUCCGGAGAUCAAGGGCACGGGUUACGUGGUGAAAACACUGGAGGCAGCGCUCUGGGCUUUCUACCAUACAGACGACUUUGAGUCCGGAUGUUUGAAGGUUGUAAACCUUGGCAAUGACGCAGACACCACAGCUGCUGUGUAUGGUCAGCUUGCCGGAGCAUUCUACGGAGUGGAAGGGAUUCCGAAGAAGUGGCUAGAUAAGUGUGCCCUUUCUCCGCUGAUCGAGCUAAUGGCGGAUGAGAUAGUGAGCAUGGCGGAUCACUAUUCAAGUGUCAAACCAGCAGCACCUCUGGACACCGCAGAGUUUGUCAGCACCGGCACACAUGCAGCAUGUUCAGAUGAACCUGUCGCACCUGCAGAUGAGACACAGGCCAGUGCUAGCUCGGAAACAUGUGCCAGUGGGAAGUUCAAAGCAAGUGAACACUAUCGGCAGAAGAAGCGUGGCUAUGACCUGCUUGAGGCGGAGGUUCGGACACACAGGGGCUCAAGGGCUGUACGCGAGGAGAUCCGCGGAUCACGGAGUGCGUAUGACAUCAUCCUUGAGAAGUAUCGCAAGCUGCCACCAGAUUCUCAGGAUGAAUGCCUGCUGACCAGCACCAUGAACCAGCUCUACAGGGCAUGAUGGUUACGUAGGACAGCUGCCGUGGAUGCAGCAGCAGUGACAGUAGCAGUGGCAGUAGCAGUGGCAGUAGCAGCAGCAGUAGCAGCAGCCGUAGCAGCGACAGCAGCAGCAGUACACAGGACAUCAACAAUACUUCAAGUAACCAGGAGCCCCUUUCAGUUUCAGAGCAUGCACCCUGGCCCAGCAGGCCGCUACUGACCUCGUACUAGAGAUCCCCUAGCUGCCAGACCACCCCCACACACUACCCCUCUCUCCUACCACCCUGCGCACCUCCCUCUCAGACCUUGGCAGGCUAGACCUCUAAACUGUCCUGCAGCCCCCCCCCCCCUCUCCCUAGGCUAGCUUCCUGCCCCCCCCCCUCCCCCCAGGCUGGGUAGUAGCUUCCUGCCCCCCCCCCCCCCCUGACUGUCCUGGCCCAGCAGCCCCCCCCCCCCUCCCAGUAUUAUUGUAUUCACCCUAAACCCUUGAAGCCCAGGCAACCUGGGUUGCCCCGGUCACGUGUCCCCUCUCCCGCCAUCACUAUUUUUAGCAUGUAUGAUGACGAAUUUUGAUUUCACUAUUUGAACAUGAUUUCAGAUGUCUAAAAUGGAGAAAUGUAAAACGA